AUGGAGUCGGAGCCUGAUGAAGCUCAAGUGUCUGUCUUGAGCCAUGAUCCAGACCUCGACUCCCUCUUAGAGUACCCAUUUGGCGCAGCCGAUAUGGCCGACAUCCACAGCCUCUACAAUGAUAACGAUGCAUCAUCACAUGGCCAGCCUUGCCUGAGUAACGGUAAUCAGGGCCAACAGAUGGAGCCACAAACGGAGUCAACGACAGCAUGCUUUUGGAACCCCUUCUGGUCAUCACCGGCACUACUUUUUGCAUACUCAACUGUCCUUGCUUUGUUGUCCGCCGCAACAGUCGUGUUGUGGCGGCUGUCAGCCAGCAACCACGGCUUUCCCCUUCUCACGGCCAACAACUACUCAUGGACUUACGGACCUACAGCAGUACUGACUGUCAUCAUGAGUAUCUGGAAUCAGACAACGUAUUGUUGCAAGCUUCUUGAACCUUGGAGAGAACUCAAAACGGGUCCGCUGGGCCCCGAGAAGACCGUCCUCCUUGAUUAUAUCUCCCCUAUCCUACCAGCCAACCUUUGGAAGGCAACGCGAUUCAAACAUGCCACUGUUCUUGUCGCUAUCUACGCUGGUAUCAUCCUCAGGAUCGUGACAGUGGCAUCCACUGGCCUCCUGAGCCCGGUCAACAUGUCAAUGCCUUUCCAAAAUAUCACACUGGAAGCAUUGACAACUUUUAACACUGAUAAUUAUGACCUUCGUUUGGGAAGCUUCGAUACACUCAGAGAAUCAGCCAUUAACUACGAGGCAUAUGCCCUGAUUGCGGAUAAUUUGCCCUUUCCGGAUGGUAUCCAGCCAAGUCUGGCCUUUCAGCGGUUCAGACUGCCAGCCAACUCAACUGCCAACAGAACGCUAUCCUCGGUUCGGGCAACGGUGCAAGCUUUCAAGCCUUCAAUCCAAUGCGAAGAGGCGAGCCUGGUCCCCCUGAAUGCAACCACUAAGCCCUAUGACAACGGAGGCUGGCUUGAGAUUUUCGCCAACUUGUCCUGGGCUUCAUGUUCCUCGUCACAGUUACACCCAAAGGAAGCCCACCUUGGUUUUGCUUAUCUGCCGCUCACGCGACAGUCAUACGGCGGCAUUCCUUCUGGAGAUUACACAUGUCGCGAUGCGAUGGAAUCAUUCUGGUCCUUUGUCACAUUAUUCGACGUUCGAUACAAUCGAACAGCCAUCCCUUCCGCCAUUCUGCGGGCUGAAAAAUCAAACUCAUCGGAUACCUGGGGUAUCCAGAUCAUGAAAGCAACUUCAGUUGCUUGCAGCCUUAGCUACUCCAUGAUUCCCGCGCAGGUUACAUAUGAUCUCUCACGGGAUCCCGUGACACCAGUUAUCGACCUGCCGGAUGGCUCUGGCACAUACGUUCCAGGCCCAUUCAUCGAAGGUUUCCCAGCAAGUGACUUUGCCUACAGACUCCGCAGUGGUGCCGACAAUGCGGACUUCAUGGUCGGGAGCUACGUUACGAACGGAAUGGAUGAAUUUGCUCCUAACACAUUUGUACAAAUGAUGUCGAUCGUUGGAAAUACAACCCCAGCCGCUUUUCUGGGUAACCCUGGGUUGAUGUCCUCGGCGGCCUCCACGGUCUUUACCUACGCCGGCGUUCAAGUCGCGAAUGCCUUCCUUGUGGGGGAUACGACAGAAACUCUGCAGGGAGAAAUUAGCACAACCACUACAAGGAUUCGGGUCUCUCCCCUCGCCUCACUGGCAAUGGUCAGUGGUUUACUAGUUGUGGCCGUCGGCGCAAUGGUACUCGUUCUCAUCCGCGCCCAUAACGUUAUCACGCACAAGGUCGGGCCCAUCGGAGGCAUGGCCAAGACUCUGAGAGACAGCCUCAGUCUCAAUGUUCUGCUUAGAGGAUGCGGGCAGAAGAAAAUGGAGCACAUUGAAAAGGUUCUGAAUCCUUUCACAUUUCAAAGCACGACUGUUACGACACAAACUAGCUCUACUUCCAUUAUUGCACAACGCGAAGGCGCUGUCAAAGACGAUUCGUCUGACCAGUCUCUCGUGGAAACUAUUGCCUGGUGGAGACCGAUUCCCCUGCGUCCUUUGAUAUUCACACUGAUAUCACUUUCUCCACUUGCCAUCAUCGCCACGUUGGAAGUUCUGCAACACUUAUCCCGGCGAGCGAACGGCAUCACAAGCAUCUCGAAUCCAGACACACUGCUUGUUACCUUUGGUACCAGGUUUGUGCCAUCGAUGCUAUUCAUGACCAUCGCUACCCUGUACGAGUCAAUCGAGUUUAAUGUGGCGGUAUUGGUCCCAUUCGCACGAUUGAAGGCAGGCAAGGCCAAAGGCAAGCCUGUGAUUACUCACUCUCUCCUCGGACGCUUCUCUAUCGAAUCUCUGGGCUUUUCUCUGUGGAAUAAAUAUUGGGAAAUAGCUUUCGCGACACUGGCAGCCUUCCUUGGCAGCUUUCUAACUAUCGCCGCCUCUGGCCUCUACACAAUAGAGAGCAAGCCUGGCCCGUCCCCAGUUACUGUCUGUCGAGUGGACCGAUUUGACCCCACAUGGUCUGAUAGUGUAAACGAUGAUGGUGGUGCAGCAAUUUCUCUCACCAACUUUGAAGUCCUCAACCUAUCCUACCCGUCAUGGACAAAUUACGAGUUGGCAUUUCCGGAAUUACAACUGUCGACAAAAGACUUGGCCCAAAUCAAUGCCACGUCGGAACCGUCGAUUACUGUCCAGGUCCCGGCCGUGCGCGGCGAGCUGCAAUGCGGCAUAACAUCCAUGGAGGACACCAUCGUUGAUGUUCCAGGAGUUGGACCAGUCCACACUAUACUAGUUGUGAAUGGCUCAACUUCUGUUCCCGCUGCGUGUGAUGUAGAGGCCUCGACGAUUGGCUGGUCUAGCCGACAAUUACUACGCCUCUCACGUCGGCCUUGGCUGCUGGGUCAGAUGCUUGAUUUGCAUCCAGGUGACAAGAACCUCAGCUUCGGAGAGUUCUCACUGCCGCUGCAAGACAACAGUCCACCUGGAUGCCCUUCGCUUGCCUUCACCUUCGGGAAUUACUCAAUAAAAAGCACAGACAGGUUGGAAACAACUUCGAACGCAUCACCCGCCUGGUUCACAACAAUGUCAUGCAUUCAACUUAUGGCAGAGGUCCAAACGGACGUUACUUUGAGUAUUCCUAACUUCACAGUUAUAUCCGCGGUUGCGGAUGAGUCUACAACCAAAUAUCUUGCCAGCGGGCCUGGCGGGCAAACUGCGUUCCCAUGGCGCCCGCAGCUCCACUUUGAGCUCGAAGUCAUCAUCUGGGACGGCAAUAUGACAUACGGCGGAUUCAACAGCCCGUCCGUGGUACAGAUGUAUCAAAACCCGAACUAUGAAGUCGACGGCUUUUUCUCACUGCUGCUCCACCCCAGCAACAAGGUCUACCCAGAGGAGCUCUUGGGCCCCGAUAAUCACGGAAGGCUACUUGACGCCAUCCAGGGCUUGUACCGGCGCUACAUGGCCCAAGUAGCAAACACAAAAAUGCGAGUCCCAGUCGCUGCCAACACGGCUCCCGAGACGUACACGGCCACGUGGAUCAACACAAAUAGGGGAGUGCUUCGGCAGGACUGGAGGUCGAAGCUGGCCCUGCAAAUACUACUGGCCGUCAUGUUUGUCUGCGGAGUUGCCUCUUACCUACUCAUCGACACCGAGGAGGUCCUGCCGCAUGACCCGUGCAGCAUCGCUGGGCUGGCAGCUCUCCUGGCCGGCAGCUCAAUCUGCAAGGAGGAGGAGCCUUUAGUAAAUUCCAAAGGAAGCGAAGGAGGCAGGAUCCACGGGUCCUCGUGGGACUCACAGCUCUUCGGUUUGGGUUGGUGGAGGUUGCCGGAAGGAGGUGAGCGGUUUGGGAUUGACAUUGGGAGUGCUCAAUGGAAGUAA